AUGAAUCCAUUAUUGGGGGAGAACGCGUUCCUGGUUCAGCAACAGCAGCAUAACCAGAUGGGGAGCCAUUCUAAUUCUUCCAUGACAGGCCUAGACUCAUACGGUGCAUCUGACUCAGGCUUCAUCUUGGGCGAGCACACCGUGUUUGGACAAGAUGGGAUAUCUGGCCUGGACUUUAAUGCGCUGCCACCUUCGGGACUCGCGUAUCUGCACCAGAACAACAUGCACCGUGCGCCACCACCCCCCGCAGCGAUGGCCCUGCGUAACGACUUGGGCUCCAACAUCAGUGUUCUCAAGACCUUGAAUUUGCGCUUCCGUUGCUUUUUGGCUAAAGUUCAUGAACUAGAGCGUCGGAAUAAAGUUUUGGAGAAGCAGCUUCAGCAGGCUUUGGAGAAUAAUGAGGACAAUUCAGAACGACACGGGAAAAAGCCAUUGACUAAGGAAAUGGGAGUCCAGACUGGUUUCGUAGGGCCCAUUGCAGUUAGGCCCGGACAUAUCCCACUCCAGAACAUCAAUAACUCUGCAUACCUGCCCGGGGGUCUUCUCUCUCCAUCACUCAACAGGCCUACAACUCCCUCCUUUGAGUCCAACAGCAAAUCAGUAUUUAGGAACUUGACUCUUACUGACUCGAAUUCCGACCUCAAUUCCAACCAACUCACUCCACAUAUAUCCAUCAGUCCUUUAUUAACCCCUACUGAUCCUUCCAAGACUAUAUCCAACAUUAACGAGAAAUAUGUCAGUUCUGGGACUGGUAUGUCUACUAACCCGCCUCCCCAGUUCCUUCCUGGCACCGUUUGGUCCUACAACCACGACCGCAGGUUUGGCGCGUGGAGAGAGUCGCGUGUAACGGGCACGGGUGUGCCUUGUGCCCAAACGGACGGAGUAGGUGUUCAAAUCGACACCAUCACCCCUGAAAUACGGGCCCUGUACAACGUAUUGGGCAAGGUGAAACGAGAAAGGGAUGAGUAUAAACACAGGUAUUUAGCUGUUUAACUUUUAUAAUUAAAGGCCUGGGGCCUAUGUUAUUGUCACCUGUAGGCCUGAUGUGUGAUGUCAUUUAUUGUCUCUCUAGCCCACUAUUAUUAGGGCAACACCCCUAGUCCAGGAUUGGCCAACUCUCCUCCUGGAGAGCGAAGGGGUGUCCAGGCUUUUGUGCCAGCCCUACUCUAAUCACACAUCCGGUUCUACUAAUCAGUGAUCCUGUUUAUAGUUACAGAUACCAUACAAUCUCAGUGUCCUUCUGACAAAGUCUUGGAAUAUAAAAGUGGUUUUGUCAUAGAAAACUAGAACAAUGAUUGAGUUGGAGAUAUUGUCUAUUAGGAUUUGUAUCAAUUUACAGUGGGUUUUCCUAUUACAAAUGUGGAGUGCAAUGUAUCUCAACUAACAGUAGCCUAUUUUGAGCCUAUUCAGCCAUUGUGUGUUUUUGCUUUCUUCAUACCAAAUUACACCCCAGAACCCAAGAAAAUAACAUUACAUCAUCAUGCAAGGUCUACAUGAGUUGCAUGCGUAUCUUGUAAUAUAAGGCAGAGCUACUGUAUAUUACAGGCUUUACAGUUGUCCAGCUUAUGAUCAUGCUGCAAAUGUACUAUGUAGCUUAGAACUGAGUUGAAAUGAAGAGACAUCUGUUUUGUUGUUUUUGUCAUCGUCAUCAUCAUCAUCAUCAUCAUCAUCCUCAUCAUCAUCAUCAUCCUCAUCAUCAUCCAUAAGAUGGCUUCUGGUUACUGUGUAAAUCUUGAAGUGUUUUAGCUGCUCUACUUUUUGUCUUCAAAUUGCCCCUGUACUUCCCAAAUGAUAUGCCAUUACAAGGCUUCACUAUAGGCUUGUAGGGGAUCAUAGUUUAAACAGUUAAUCACAGCAUUUAAAAGAACAGCACUGGCCAAUCUCUUAUCCAAUAGGAGGAUUAUCAAGAGAGGGCCGAAUAGGCUGGGGAGAAGUCAGCAGUACACUUCUUUUUUUUCUCUCUCUCUCUCUCUCUCUCUCUCUCUCUCUCUCUCUCUCUCUCUCUCUCUCUCUCUCUCUCUCUCUCUCUCUCUCUCUCUCUCUCUCUCUCUCUCUCUCUCUCUCUCUCUCUCUCGCUCUCUCUCUCGCUCUCGCUCGCUCGCCUCCGCCCCUCUGCGUUUUGUCUCAGCACCUGCAAUGCAGCACUGUACUGAAAGCUGUGACCGCUAGUGGUGCCACCAGAGACUGUUCACAUUAUUCUCUCUCUUUUUCAUGUUCCCUCUUUCUCUUCCUCUCUCUCUCUAUCACUCCAUCUCUUUUUCACUCACCCCCUCUCCCACUAUUUCUCUCUCACACACACAAACUCUCUUUUCCGUUCUCUUUCGCUCUCUCUCUCUCUCACCCCCUCUACCCAUCCCGUACGAGCACUCGCCCUCUGCAGCAUCCGUGAGAAGACGCUGACAUCACUAAAUGACAUCAGUAACCUUUCCUACAGCCUAUAGUCCACUGUCUGAAUGUUAAUGGGAACAAGGCAACAUCAUCUCUCUCAGUUUACAAGCCUCUAUGACCUGCCAGCCGAAACACCCUCCUGUAAUUCUCUUUUAUUGAGAAGGUCAAAUGGCUUAACACGGGAACAUUUCCAAUCAUCUGCCUUAGAUCUCAUUAAAAACAACUGUCUCAUAAUAAUACAAUAUCAUACAAUUGGUUUUUGUGUAAUGAGUCUCCAGGGGGCUGUGGGAAGAUAGAAUAGAAUAGAAUAGAACUUCAUUUUCCUUUCAACUAAUAAAGAGUAUACCGUUAAUAGCUUGUACAACUUACAAGUAUAGCAUUAACAACAGGCUACUGUAUACACUGCAGACUGAUAACAGUGCGUAUAGGUAACAUGCAAUAUGGCACAUGCACCCUCCUGGGUUAGGCCACUUCACCUUCUGUAAGUGUUGCAGCAGCGUGCUCUACAGGCAUACUGCAUAGUGUCCUGUUGCGUGACGCAGCUGAGGAAGGGAGAUUAGGCGCACAACAUGGAUACAAACACCAUCAAACUUUAUUGAACCGCAUGAACACAACACUGUAGCCUAUAGUAGAUGGUAUUAGGCUCUCUGCCUGGUUUCUGGUUUCUGUCUCUAACUUUGACAAAGCUAUCUUACUCAGUCACAGAUGGUUGUAAUAAUUGAGGUUCUAGAAUAGCCUAAAUAGACAAUAAUGGCUAUUGUGGGAUUGAACUGCUGGGUGUCUAAUUGGAAGUUGUGUCUUUGCAUCUUUGAUACUGGCUGUCUGGAAGUAGUGUCGUUAUAACAGUGGGGGGGUUGACGUCAUUACUGUUCCCAAAAGAGAAGAGACAGUGAUGAUGGUGUGUGAUGCUGUGAUGAUGACUUCCUCAUCAAUCUCCAUUCUCAUCUAUAUGAUCACUGUGUGUGUGUGUGUACGUGUGUGUAUGUGUGUGUGUGUGUGUGUGUGUGUGGGGGGGGGGGGGGGGGGGGGGGGUUCAAUAGAUGGGAGGAAGAAUACACAGUCAGAGUGGACCUCCAGGAGAAAGUGACUGAGCUGGAGGAGGUAAGCCCAUAGCUGUGUCAAUGAUAAAGGGCAAUCUGCGAUUGCUACAUACAUUUUUUAAUUAUUGAUAUAUAGCCAUUGAUUCUUGAAUAAUAAAACAUAUAAAUGCCUCAUGAGCUUAGUCCAACUGUCUAACCCCCUCAGAACCCAAAAUACAUUGAACAAAAAUAUAAACGGAACUGACUGCAGGAAUGUCCACCAGAGCUCUUGCCAGAGAAUUGAAUGUUCAUUUCUCUACCAUAAGCCGCCUCCAACAUCAUUUUAGAGAAUUUGGCAGAACAAAUGUGUAACGAUGCCAGCCCAUGACCUCCACAUCCGACUUCUUCACCUGCAGGAUCGUCUGAGACCAGGCACCCAGACAGCUGAUGAAAUUGAGGAGUAUUUAUUUCUGUAAUAAAGCCCUUUUGUGGGGAAAAACGUAUUCUGAUUGGCUGGGCCUGGCUCCCCAGUGGGUCGGCCUGGCUCCCAAGUGGGGGGCAUAUGUCCUCCCAGGCCCACCCAUGGCUGCGCCCCUGCCCAGUCAUAUGAAAUCAAUACUGUAACUCAGCAAAAUCUUUGAAAUUGUUGCAUGUUGCGUUUAUAUUUUUGUUCAGUAUAUAAGCAUGUUUUACUCCAUUGUUUGUAAACAAUGUAAUUGUAAACAAACACUGUAUAGCUUUAAAACAUGGUAAAACUAAUUUUCAGGUCAUGGAUGGUCAGUCCUUGUGUCCAUAGCACUGUCUAUGAAUUUGAUAGUGGUUACAUUUCUCCAGCCCCAUCCCUAAGCUGUUUACCUAAAAAUGAGGAGGGUGGAUGUUUUGUUAUUGUUUGAACUGCAGAUUAUCCCUUUAAUAUUUCACAUCCCAGUAACAUUAUGAUUCCACUUUAGAUCAGCUGGGUUGAUUAUAAAGUAGUAGUAGAGAGCGUAUUUUGUAACUUGAGCUACAGUGGGGGAAAAAAGUAUUUAGUCAGCCACCAAUUGUGCAAGUUCUCCCACUUAAAAAGAUGAGAGAGGCCUGUAAUUUUCAUCAUAGGUACACGUCAACUAUGACAGACAAAAUGAGAAUUUUUUUCUCCAGAAAAUCACAUUGUAGGAUUUUUAAUGAAUUUAUUUGAAAAUGAUGGUGGAAAAUAUUUGGUCAAUAACAAAAGUUCCUCAAUACUUUGUUAUAUACCAUUUGUUGGCAAUGACACAGGUCAAACGUUUUCUGUAAGUUUUCACAAGGUUUUCACACACUGUUGCUGGUAUUUUGGCCCAUUCCUCCAUGCAGAUCUCCUCUAGAGCAGUGAUGUUUUGGGGCUGUCGCUGGGCAACACGGACUUUCAACUCCCUCCAAAGAUUUUCUAUGGGGUUGAGAUCUGGAGACUGGCUAGGCCACUCCAGGACCUUGAAAUGCUUCUUACGAAGCCACUCCUUCGUUGCCCGGGCGGUGUGUUUGGGAUCAUUGUCAUGCUGAAAGACCCAGCCACGUUUCAUCUUCAAUGCCCUUGCUGAUGGAAGGAGGUUUUCACUCAAAAUCUCACGAUACAUGGCCCCAUUCAUUCUUUCCUUUACACAGAUCAGUCGUCCUGGUCCCUUUGCAGAAAAACAGCCCCAAAGCAUGAUGUUUCCACCCCCAUGCUUCACAGUAGGUAUGGUGUUCUUUGGAUGCAACUCAGCAUUCUUUGUCCUCCAAACCCGACGAGUUGAGUUUUUACCAAAAAGUUAUAUUUUGGUUUCAUCUGACCAUAUGACAUUCUCCCAAUCCUCUUCUGGAUCAUCCAAAUGCACUCUAGCAAACUUCAGACGGGCCUGGACAUGUACUGGCUUAAGCAGGGGGACACGUCUGGCACUGCAGGAUUUGAGUCCCUGGCGGCGUAGUUUGUUACUGAUGGUAGGCUUUGUUACUUUGGUCCCAGCUCUCUGCAGGUCAUUCACUAGGUCCCCCCGUGUGGUUCUGGGAUUUUUGCUUACCGUUCUUGUGAUCAUUUUGACCCCACGGGGUGAGAUCUUGCGUGGAGCCCCAGAUCGAGGGAGAUUAUCAGUGGUCUUGUAUGUCUUCCAUUUCCUAAUAAUUGCUCCCACAGUUGAUUUCUUCAAACCAAGCUGCUUACCUAUUGCAGAUUCAGUCUUCCCAGCCUGGUGCAGGUCUACAAUUUUGUUUCUGGUGUCCUUUGACGGCUCUUUGGUCUUGGCCAUAGUGGAGUUUGGAGUGUGACUGUUUGAGGUUGUGGACAGGUGUCUUUUAUACUGAUAACAAGUUCAAACAGGUGCCAUUAAUACAGGUAACGAGUGGAGGACAGAGGAGCCUCUUAAAGAAGAAGUUACAGGUCUGUGAGAGCCAGAAAUCUUGCUUGUUUGUAGGUGACCAAAUACUUAUUUUCCACCAUAAUUUGCAAAUAAAUUCAUUACAAAUCCUACAAUGUGAUUUUCUGGAGAAUUUUUUUUUCAUUUUGUCUGUCAUAGUUGACGUGUACCUAUGAUGAAAAAUUACAGGCCUCUCUCAUCUUUUUAAGUGGGAGAACUUGCACAAUUGGUGGCUGACUAAAUACUUUCCCCCCCCCCACUGUAUAAAGAACUAUAAAUUAAUUAUUCAAUACACUGCCCAUUUUGUUUAUUAUGCGUACUUAUACUCAUAGUCAGUUAUGUUAUGUCAUAAAUGCAAUGCAAAUGAGGCUCCUUGUGUGUGUGUGCGUGUGCGUGUGCUUGUGUGUGUGUGUGUGUGUGUGUGUGUGUGUGUGUGUGUGUGUGUGUGUGUGUGUGUGUGUGUACGUACAGGACCUCCAGGAGAGCGAGGUCUGUCAGGAUGAGCUGGCCCUAAGGGUGAAACAGCUGAAAGCUGAGCUGGUCCUCUUCAAAGGUCUUAUGAGCAACGUGAGUGCCUCAUAGCACUGUUGGGAUAGCUCACCCCAAAUUCAAGCUGUUGAGAUUUAUAUACCUCAAAAGUAGUGGAAUAGGAAUUUAGCUCUACUCACUUUUGAGUUACAAAAUCUCGAAGAAAAUACUUUUAUGGUAUUGGUACAGUUUACUUCGAAAAUGUCUUUUAAAAUACAAAUAAGAUUUGGGAACACAUAUUUCCUUUUGCGAGUGUCACUCACUCUCCUCUCUUUCGCUCUCGUCUAUCAGAACCUGUCGGAUCUGGACAGUAAGAUCCAGGAAAAGGCCAUGAAGGUGGACAUGGACAUCUGUAGACGUAUCGACAUCACAGCUCGCCUGUGUGACGUGGCCCAACAGAGGAACUGUGAAGACAUGAUCCAGAUCUUUCAGGUCAGAACCGCUCAUAGGCCACUAUACUACUAACUAUACUAUCUGUUAAGUAGCCCCUAGACACUGAUUUAAGGUCAGCUUAGCAUAAUGGUUAAGUGUAGGAUUUUUCCAGGGUAAGCUGAUUCUAGAUCUGUUGGAGCAAUCAUCGAUUAGUAUAAUUACGACAGGACUGAAUCUGUGGAGGCAUGUCCACUCAUAUCUUCUAGGCCAAAAGUGGAUGGGAAUUAGAGAUGGCGUCUGCCAUACCUGUGUUAUUACACCUUAAUAACAUGUUAAUUACACCUUUAUUACACUGCUAUUACACAGUUGUUACACCUUUAUGUAGCAGAUGGCCACACCUCCUUCCACUCUGACCCGCCGGCCCCGGAAGCAGGCGGCCCAAUCGGUUAACGGGGACGAACCAACCAGCAUCUCUGAGAGCGAGGCGGGCAAGGAUGAGGAGUCGUGUAGCACGUCAGCCAAUCAGAUCAAUGAGGAAAUGCAGAGGAUGCUGAACCAGUUGUGAGUUUUCUGGGCUGCUCCUUAACUAUUAGGAUAUGGUCAGCAAUCGAGGUCUGCUAAAGUCUCAAACAUCACACCUGGAGAGCCACUCUGUACGAACACACUUAAUUCAAAAGCUUGUGGUCUCAAUUUCAGACCAUGAUUAUUUGAAUCAAGACUGUUAGAGUUGGGCUGGAUAAAAAUCCUGCACACUGCUUAUCUCCAGGACUAAAGUCUGUCACUUGUAAGCCAUGAGUGGACCAGAGUCGGCCAGUGAACUAUAAAUAGAUGUACAACUAGUAAGCCAUACUAUUGUUGGUCUUGCAGGAGGGAAUGUGAGUUUGAGGACGACUGUGACAGCCUGGCCUGGGAGGAGACUGAGGAGACUCUGCUGCUGUGGGAGGAUUUCCCAGGAUACACUCUGGGAGCAGUGGAGACCCAGGGAGAGGUAAGCCAUUAUACUUGCCACUAGUCACUGGCUGAUCUAAGAUCAGUUUUGUAUUUACCAAUGUAAUGGUUAAUGUUAGGAGCUGGCUAGGUUAAGCUGAUCCCAGAACUGUGUUAAAAGGCAUGUUUUAACCUAAGCCACUGUACUUCCUGCUUGUCAAUCAUUCUUAUGGUUGGGCUGCCGUGUCUGUGUGUCUGUGUCCUACUUAACACAUUGUAUGUACAACUGUGACAUUGGCAUGUCCUGAUCCCUGGAUCACAGUGUAAUGCAGAUAAGCUGGUAGCACACACACACACAGACACACGCUUAUCUUGAUUUACCCUGGUACUGUUAGUCAUUCUCAUUCACAAUCUGGUUAGUCAAGAGUGGACAAUUGAAAAAAUAGUGACAAUGUUUUAAAAUCUGUAGACAGUCUCAAAAGAAAAAUAAUCUCAGCCAUAGAGACACUUUGGAAUUGAGCUGUGCUUAUGCAAUGGAUGGGCAGUGUAUUACAUUUCCAUAAACUGAUUGAAGUUUAUUUCAUCCAAUCAAAUCAAAUCAAAUUGUUAUUGGUCACAUACACGUGUUUAGCAGAUGUUAUUGCGGGUGUAGCGAAAUGCUUGUGCUUCUAGCUCCGACAGUGCAGUAAUAUCUAACAAUUUCACAACAUAUACCCAAUACACACAAAUCUAGUAAAUAAUGGAAUUUAAGAAUAUAUACAUUCAUCUCAUGUAUAUUAGGCAAAUUAGCACAAACCAAUGUUUUCUCUCUCGCUCUCUUUCACACACACACACACACACACACACACACACACACACACACACACACACACACACACACACACACACACACACACACACACAGCAGCAGGAGGAGUCCAUAGAGAAGGUGAUACAAGACACAGAGUCCCUCUUCCAGACCAGAGAGAAGGAGUAUCAGGAGACCAUCGACCAGAUCGAGGUGAGACACACACACACACACACACACAUGUACACACGCACGCGUAAACAAAGCCCUUUUCUAAGCACCAGUUUUCCAGUGGCUGUUUGUACAAUAUAAGGACUUUGCUGCAUGAGGCUAUUUAUAAGCCUGCAGAGAGCGAUGAAGCACUACUGUAAACAGAGCCAUAAAUACAUAGAAGUUUCUCUGGGAUUAUUAUGGAAAUAUUAUGGAAAUAAACAAGUCAGCCGUUCCAUAUGCUUACAUGAAUCACUGUUGAAAUGAGUUCCUGUGUAGAUGAUAAGUUAAAAUGAAGUAACAAAUUAAAGGUAGGUCUUUUUUUAGAAGAAAACUUUUUUCCCAGAUGUCCUCCUCUUGUUCGCUAAAUUGCUAAAUUCUCUGUUACCUGUGGCAACGAUAAGGACAAAUACAAUCAACCAAAAAGAAAACACAGAAAAGAAAACAAGAUUUAUGCAAAUGACUGCGGCCUUUGGUUUUGCACUUGCAAAGAUCCUGCCCCUCAUUACUCAAAGAAUGUUGUGGUGACACUUUAAACCUGAGCGCAAACUUACAGUAUGGAUUGUCUUACGUUGUGUCGCCACAGUUGGAGUUGGCCACGGCUAAGAGUGACAUGAACAGACACCUGCACGAGUACAUGGAGAUGUGUUCCAUGAAGCGAGGCCUGGACGUGCAGAUGGAGACGUGCAGGAGACUCAUCACCCAGAGUGGAGACAGGUAUCAGACACCUCUGCAUGGUGCUGAACACUCUAAACGCUCAAAAAGAUACCCUAGGUAUGAGAUAUCAGUAUAAGAUACCUGUAUGAGAUAUCCAAACAGUCAAAGAGAUACCCUAGAGAUACCUAGAGAUACGGCUGGUAUUAGAUACCAGAAAGAGGUGAAAGAUAGCAAGUUGUAUGAGAUCUAUGCUGUAACUGUGAAUACUCUCGCAGGGUGACGCCAAGCACCGUUCAUUUGUAAUCAUCUAACAAUAACCCAUGUAACGAAAUACAAUUCUUAAUGUAUGAAAUAUGCACCUGGUGAUGCAUCUAUUAAACGUGUUUUUUAUUUUUUUAUUCACUACAGUACAGGUUAACUCUUUAAUUCUCCCAACUGUACUGAUACUGAUAGAUUUCAUAUAUUAGAAAGACGUGGGCGUAGGUCUAUGAAAUACUAGGCAGACAGAGAUGCUAGUGACAGAGGCACAAUAUUAUAUUCCAUGAUGCCAGAAGGAUAAGUACAACAUUUCAUACAAUGAAAGUGAUAAACAUAUAAGAUUGUAGACAGUGGAGAAUGGAGAAUACAGGUGCUGUCAUUAGCCACACUGUACCACACUGUACUAUCAUUACAUUGACCUGUCUGUGAGUAUGGUAGCCUGGUCCCAGAUCAGUUUGUGUCGUCUUGCCAUCUCUUAUGGUCAUUAUUACACCAAUGACCAUAGGAGCUGGCAGGACGGCACAAACUGAUCUGGGACCAGGCUAUGAGUACGGACCGUUGAGUCAUCUUGUCUCAAGGUCAUUGCCUGUUGUAUUGACUCCACCUAUUUGUCUCCCUUUCAGGAAAUCUCCCCCUCUCAUUACUGCAGCAAUGGAGGACUCUGAUGACGGCGAGAAGGAGAGGAAUAAGGCGUCCCCACCCGCAGACUCUGAAAGUGAUGAACCCUACUGUGACACAGAGGUUAAUAGUGGUACCGUCCCUCACUUACCAUGGAGGAAGUCCUAA